CUGGUUGUUACCUAGCAGGUACUUUCUAUGCACUAGAGAAUAGAAAGUACCUGCUAGGUAACAACCAGAAACUUACCAGUUGGUCCAUAAUUUGGCCCUUAGAGAAUAGGAAGUACCUGCUAGGUAACAACCUGACACUUAUCCGUCGGUCCAAAAUUUGGCCCUUUGGAAACUUUGGUUUGGUGCUGGUAAAACUUUUACCAUGAUUUACCAUCAAGGUAAAGUUCGAGUAGACCAGUUUUAUCCCUGUUCUUCUCAUCAAAAGAGAAAAAGAUGAAACAUGCUCUGAGCGCUCAGUGUUUCUAGUCAAACUUACAGCAAGUUUCCUACUUAAAUAGCGUUUUCCAAGGAAUAAAUUAUCGUUUACUACAUUUUAUUGACGAUUCAGUAAUGGUACUUACACUUGGCUGGCAUCGUCAGGAGUCUGGAAGGAAGUGUACAAACUGUCGACUUUUUCCAGUUUUUUCUCAUCGAGAAGCUAAAAAAGCAUGGUUAUGUGAGGUUAUGUUUUGGAGCAUUUUUCAAUAAUUUCAUUAUAAAAUGAAUAAAUACCUUGAAUAUGGCAUAACCAGCAGCGGUCUCGAAAAGGACCAACAUUUUGGCCACUUGUUUUAUUUAAAUGAGCGUAUUUUUCGAAAUAUUUUCAAAAAACCAACAUAAUCACACGUGAGAAAAAAAAAACACGAAAAUGGAUUUUUAGAUUUUUCGAUUUUUAAGAUUUGACAAUCCAAACAGAAAAACCACUCCCGUUGUAGCUGUUUACAUUUUCCGUCCUUGUCUUUUUCUUUGAGUGAAACAAGGAUACACAUAUACUGCAUUAACAAAAUGGUUGAAAAAUUUAAGUGACAGUGACGUGGAAAACUUCAAACAUCUCAGCUGACCUUAAUAAUAAAUAACAACAAACAAAAUAAACUUUUUCAACUUCAAAAACAUGAUAAUAAUUAUUAUUAGUUUAAUUCAAUAAUACCAAAAAGUGCAUUCGCGAUGAGUAAUCUACAAUCGCCAACAAAGCUUACGGAGUUUGCCCCCUUGCAGCAAGAAGAACGACCUCAAAGUGUAGGCCAAUUUAUAUCAAAGUUAUUUAAAAUAACUAAAACUGAAGAAUCUUCAAGUCCUGGUUCUGAAACUAGUGCAGCUAUCCAGGAACCUGUACCAACAUGGGCUAAAGAUGCUACACCACCACCACUGGCACCUAAUAUUUAUCCUGUUGACUUGAACGAAGGGCGCAGUUUGCCAAAUGUCUUGAAAAGAAUCAGCAAUCUUUUAGCUUUAAAAACCACUAAUUUGCAAGAUUAUGCAGACACUGACCUAAAGCAAUAUUGGAUGCCAGACUCUGUUAGUAAAGAAUGUUACGAGUGUUCUGAAAAGUUUACUACAUUUAGGAGAAGGCAUCAUUGUAGAGUAUGUGGGCAGAUUUUUUGUUCACAAUGCUGUAAUCAGCAAAUCCCUGGAAAAAUUUUUGGCUGCACCGGAGAUUUAAGAGUUUGCACUUAUUGUUGUAAAGUAGUUCUCUCCUAUUUGCAGUCUUCAAACUUUACUGCCAAUCUCACGUCUGAUCUAAGGACUUUAGUUGAAAAUUUACAAAGUAAAUUUGGAGAUUUAUCCAGUAAUCAAAUGCUGAAUGAUGUUUCUCCUACUUUAAAUACUUCUGAAGCAAGUGAGGGUAGUAGAAGAAAAAUCUCUGUUGGUUAUCAGGAGGAAAAGUUUGCAUCUGGCAGCAAUUCUGUUACAUAUCUUACAAACGAAGAAAAAUGCAAGGCUUUACAAAACUCUGUUUCACUCAGGAAUCUUUACGAAGAAAUUUGUAAACAGGCAACUGGCUUGAAUUGUACCCCUUACAAAUAUCGUUUGAGGACUUAUUCGGAAUGUUUUUUAGGAUCUGAAUUGGUUGAUUGGCUUAUUUGUCAGCAAAAAGCUAAGACAAGGGUGCAAGCGGCAGCUUUAUCACAAGCACUUCUCGAAGGCAGCUACAUUGAAUCUUUUACAGAGAAUAAUGCAUUUGUUGAUGGGUACGUACGCUAUAGAAAAGGCAACCUAUUUUCCAGUAAUUUUACACUGGCUAGUCCUAAUUACGAAGUGCCUGCUGCACAAGAAGAACCCAGCUGGGUACAACAGAUAGCUCACGAGUCAACAGACUCUGACAACGAACAAUCUCCAAUCCUUGCCAACCUUCCAACGUCCAACUCCUACAUGUUGGAUCUCAAUGUAGAAGCCAAUAGUGUAUAUUUGUCCAGGCCUCCUGAAAUUUUAGAGGUGGAAAAUGUUCAGCAACAGUGCAAACACGAAGAAACUACAGUGGUGAGGCCUUCGGAACAACGCGAACUGGCACCAGAGUCUGGUUGGUUCCAUGCCUCUUCACUCAGAGAAGAAAAUGGAGAAAAAGAAGCAUACGAACUCCUGUCAGAGGCAUAUGAGCAACACGAACAAAGUCUACUGAAGCAACUCCUUGCCACCCAAGGCCUAUCGUUGGCAUGGAUCCACAUAUUGAUCCCAUUGAUCUGCGACGUAGUCACUGUAAUAAGACCCGACAAAAAUCACGACGCCAUUGAACUCGACAUAAGAAACUACGUGCAAAUCAAAAAACUUCCCGGCUGUAUCAAAGAAGAAACUUAUUUGGUAAACGGAAUAGUUUGUACGAAAAAUGUGGCCCAUAAAGAUAUGGCAAUUGAAAUUGAAAAUCCCAAAAUCCUAUUGUUGGAAUGUUCGAUUGUAUAUCAAAGAACCGAGGGCAGAUUGAUGUCCUUGGAGCCUGUAAUGAUGCAGGAGCACGAGUAUUUGCGUCACGUGGCCGCACGCAUUGUCGCUCUACAACCCGAUGUGGUUUUGGUGCAUAAAAAUAUAUCCAGGCUAGCUCAGGAUAUGCUGCGCCAACACAAAAUAACCUUAGUACACAAUGUUAAAAGAACCGUCCUGGAACGUUUGGCCAGGUGCACCGGAGCUGACAUAGUAACAGCAGUAGAUGCUCACAUUGGCCGGCCCAAUUUAGGUGUUUGUAAAAGGUUUUAUUUGAAAAGCUUUAACACUGAUAAGGGGGCAACAAAAACUUUGAUGUUUUUCGAAGGCCUUGUAGCUCCUCAUUUGGGUUCUACGAUUUUGUUGAGAGGGGCUUCUAAAGCGGAGUUGGUACGGGUGAAAAAGGUGGCAUCUUUUUUGAUUUUUACCGCCUACAAUUGGAGAUUAGAAAAGUCGUUUUUGAUGGACGAAUUUGCCUUGCCUCCGAAUUCUAGGAUGGAGUUUUUGGACGAGAGCAAAGAGAAUUCGCCUCAGACUAUCAAACCCAAAAUUUCAAUCAAAGAUAUAGUUGAAAAUCAACCUUCGUCCAAUGAAGAAACUUUUACAGUAAUUCAAAAAAGUGAGGAGACUCAUAACAAAAAACUACCAACAAAAUCUGAAAAUUUCACUGAUCCCCUACAAUCGUCUGAGCUUAAAAAAUUCACAGCAGAAUCAGUAAACGACAAUUCCGACCCUCUGCAAUGUCAAAACGAUACGACAAACCAAAAACCCACGGAAAUUGAAAUAUUAACCGUAUCCGAGUUACCAUUUUCAAAUAGUUUCAAAAAAUAUUUGGACGAUACGAUUUUGUGUAUAUCUCCGUACAUUAUUGUUCCAAUGCCUUAUUUGGAAACUGAUUCUGGCAAAAAGUGUAAGCUGAGGAGAUUCUUUCACAAGGAUAUGUACUAUAGCGAACAGUUUGAAGUGAACCCAAAAAAUAAAUGGAAAAAUAAUGUAGAAAUACAAGCAAAUACUGAUGAGAAUAAUCACAAUAAGAAAAAAAAUGCCAUAUUACACCCUUUUCUUACUGCAAAAAUAACCAAUGUUGACAACAACAAUAUCCAAAAUAUGCUGGCCCACUUUAGAGCAUGUGGCGGUCAAUACACAAAAAAAGUUGUCCUAAAAAUUGAAGAGCCUGAAGAAUCAAGCCUUAUAAGCACAGAAAAAUGCCGUAUGGAUGUUUUGGAUCCAAUAAACCAUCAAAGAUUAGCCGUACUUUUCUAUAGUUUUAGCCACGAGUCCAGUAACGCUCCUGCGUUUUGUGUCAAUCCUUGGGUAGUUUAUAUGGAUUUCUAUGGCCGAAACGACAUCCCAAUAGGUUGUUUCCUGGAAAAAUACUGCUUCAGAUCGACUUAUGCUUGUCCUUCAAAAACAUGCACAACUCCAAUGGUAAAACACAUAAGAAGGUUUGUUCAUAAUUCAGGUAGUGUCACAAUAUCCCUAAACAAUUUUGAAAGCGAAUUUGCAGAAGAAAACAUCGUAAUGUGGAGCUGGUGCACAAAAUGCCAAAGCGUCUCCCCUGUAGUACCAUUAUCAGCCGAUUCUUGGUCUUAUUCAUUUGCCAAAUAUCUGGAGCUGAGAUUUCAUGGGGAAAUAUUUAACAGACGAGGUCAGAGCCCUUGCAGGCACAGCUUGCACCACGAUCACUAUCACUAUUUUGGCUAUAGAAAUUACGUGGCCUCAUUCAAAUAUUCUUCGAUUAAUAUUUGGGAAAUCUCACUACCAAGUGCCGUUAUCCAAAUCCAAUACGAUUUUCCAGCUUUGCACAAUGUUCUCAUAGAAGAGACUAAAAUGUUGGCUCAAAAGGGCCACGAUAUGUUUACCAUUGUUCAAGAAAAAGCAGCACUUAUUUCUAGUGAAGAAUUGGAAGGUAUUGGGAAUAUUAGGCAGGUUUUAGCCAAGGAACAGAAUUUGUUUAAAAAUAAGGUUGAAGAAGUCCAACUAAAACUAACCUCUCCCAGUGUAGAACAUAAAGAAUUCAACGAAAUCAGUUUGUGUCAGUCUUAUUGGAAAAUCCAAGAUAACGUGACAAGAAUCAAAAUCGCCCUAAUGGAAAUACUAGAUACUUGGAAUUUGCACCUGGGCGAAGCCAUACGUAAAUCUGACAAGAAGCGAGAAAAAUCGGUCGUGCCCGAACUGGAAAGUCCUGCAAGUGAAGUAACUGAAAAAUCUAUUGUUGACAAAGAGGUGGACUUUGAGAAAAGUGACAGUAUAGAAGACUCCAAAAUGGAAGACUCUGUAGAUAACAAAAAAGAAGUCAUUAAAAAAGAAAAAUCAGUUAAAAAUAUUUUAGACAAACUAUUACCAUCUUCAGGUCAAUUGAAUUUGAUUCAGUGUCCUUUUGCCCCUUAUGAACACUUCAAUUUGCCAGCAGGCGUUUACGGGCCUUUGGCUGUUUUUGAAAACGAGCUCAGCUCUAUUAUAGCUUACGCAUUAAACUCACUUGAAUAUAAAAAGAGUUUUGAAGAGUUGACUAAUAAAAAAUGCAAUAAUGAGCUAACACCUAGUCCAGUUUCACGAAAAAAAAACAAUUUAGACAAUACCAAGUUUGACAGUGAAGACAAAACUAGUGGUCUAUUGGGGUUUUUACGUACAAAAGACUCAAAAAUGGAUUUAACUAGUCCUUUAUCAAGUGACAGUGUAGAAGUUGAACCAACAGAAGACCUGAAAAAAGUUAAAAACUCACACAUUGAAAUUCAAUUCCAGGACAGCACUUGCAACUUUUUUUGCAGAGUUUAUUUAGCUGACAAAUUUGCCACUCUACGUGCAGCCGUAUUACCAAUGGGCGAAGAAGCUUAUAUAAGAUCUUUAAGUAGAUCAGUCCAAUGGAAAGCUUUAGGUGGAAAAUCUGGUUCAAACUUUGCAAAAACAUCAGAUGACCGAUUUAUAUUGAAAGACAUGCCGAGGGCCGAAGUGCAAAUUUUCCUAGAAUCAUCCGCCAAUUAUUUCAGCUACAUGCAAAAGUGCUACAGCACAAUGCAACCGACGUUACUAGGCAAAAUUGUCGGUAUUUAUCAAAUAAUUUACAAAAAUAAUUCCAAUGUUACCAGGAGUUAUUUGUUGGUCAUGGAGAAUUUGUUUUAUAACCGGGAUGUUUCACAAAAGUUUGAUUUAAAGGGCUCAAUGAGGAAUCGAUUAGUUGUGCCCGACAAUCAGGAUGGAGAAAUUGUCUUGUUGGAUGAAAAUCUUUUGAAAAUGACCUGCGAUAAUCCACUCUACGUUUUACCACAUUCCAAAGAAGUUCUUUUAGCCGCAAUCCAAAACGACACUGAAUUCCUAUCGACCCAAUCUGUAAUGGACUACUCGCUAUUGGUUGGACUAGACACGAAAAACAAGGAACUCGUUUUAGGCAUUAUUGAUUAUAUCCGUACGUUUACCUGGGACAAAAAACUAGAAACAAUGGUGAAAAGGUCUGGUAUUUUAGGAGGCCAAGGUAAGUUGCCCACUAUUAUAUCGCCGGAAGAGUAUCAGAAACGAUUUAUCGAAGCUAUGCACAAGUAUUUUUUGGAAGUACCCGAUCAUUAUGCUGGUUUAGGCAAAGGGUUGGAAGUUUAACUUUGUUUUGUUGCAAUCAGAAUAACUGUGAUAUAUCUGUUAGAUAAGGUAUAAAAUAAAAGAAAAAGCAUUUUAAGAAAUUAUGGUCUUUUUUGUAUACUAACUACUAAAUAGGAAUAAAUUGUAUAUAAUAAUAAAGGUAUAUAAAUAAUCUGGAGUAAAAUGGGUAUACAUAAUAAAAAAAGGUUCUCUAAAAUAUUGGAACAAAAGUUAAGGUAGGCACUAAAUUAUCACACAGUUUCAAUAAACUUGAACCAUAUUGCCCUUGAUUAUCGCAAAACGGAAUGGUUGAGCAAGAACUUUUAAAAGUUAAUUAUCAAAAUCAAGUGUAUGGAGUAGCUUAUGUAUUAUAUUCCUAAUUUCAUAGAAAUUAUUGUUGAAUAUUGAAAGAAAAAUCAACAUUUUACCUACAUAAGCUGCUCCCUAGAAUCAAGUCAUAGUUAUUGACAAGAUCCGAACAGUAAGUAAAUUAAAAAUUGCUUCUCAUCUUAUUAAGCCUCAAAAAUGAUUUUUGAAAAUUGAGCUUACAAUCUAAGGGAAAAUUAAUCUUACAAAAUAAGUACAAGAUAAUUUAAGCAUUUUGGUAAAACUUUUUGGGCCACAUUCCAUUAAGGUUGUGCAUCAAAUAUCACAGGAAAAAUAUUAAAUAAUGGAACGCCUUAACCCUGUAUACCAGAAAACGGAAUACUUUUAAAAUUGAUAACAGUAGCGUCGUGCAAUAAAGGCACCUUAUCCUCCUUCCUCUUGGGCGAUUUCAUUUUUUUCCCUCUGUGUACCACCCCAUCAAUAUCGUCCAUCAUCCGUAAUAUUUGAAUGUGAUCGGUGGAAUCGAUCGGUGCAACGGAAAUAUCUCUGACCGCUCUGAACUUACCGCAAUUGUUCAGGUGCUCGUUUUCCAAUCGGAAAAAAUUCCAAACGAAACGUCUGAACACUUCUAAGGGGGCGGUUAUUGACGUCAUCAUGUCCGAACUUACGUAUUUGUAUUCGGUUAAGUAAAUCGUUACGGUCCAAGUGAAACGUAAGAUGAAAU